AUGAGUGCCGGCUUUCGUCGACCCGACAGUCGUGGGCGAUUGCUGGUGCCCCCAGCCGUCCGUAACAAUGCAGCUGACAGGACCAGCCGUGGCCGUUCGUCCAACAAAAUCAGCGGUAAUAAGUUAUUAUUACCCAGGUCAUCUCUCUCGCCGAAUUCGCCAAAGUACCACAGAUUACGACAAAGAGAGGAACAACACCAUCAGCAGACAUAUGUGUUUAGACACGUGGACACUGCGGAGGAAGAGGACGAAGAUGAGGACAAUGACGACGACGAUGAGGAGGAGAUUGAAGUGUUUGAAAUGCCAGAAAUCCGAUCCAGGAGAAAUCAGGGAAGUUCUAAAAAAUCAGAUUUUUCAUUUCAUGCCUCUGGUGGCUUCUCGGAACAGGCGUACCUUCAACACCAGGUGACGGACGGCGACACAGUACAGAGCUUAUCUAUCAAAUACGCUUGUCCUAUAUCUGAACUGAAACGUGUAAACCAUUUAAUCAGAGACCAAGAUCUGUUUGGCUUAAAACAUAUAAAAGUACCAAUAAAAAAAUAUGGGAUCAUAUCUGAAAAUUGUGCACAGAGCAACAUUCUAGUGUCAGCAGAUGCAACACAGUUGCCAUCAUCACAAAAAGGUUGUUUGGAUCGACACAAUGAAUCUCACUUUAACAACUGUGAAACAUGGACAGACACAGACAGUGAGAUGCCUCUCAGUGCUAUCGAUGAGGUCAGCCAAAGUUGUAAUCUCUCUGACCCAGACACACAACGACGAGUUAUACACACACUAAGCAUCAAAGACAUGAUGCAAUCACAAACAAAAGAGGCUGAAGAGUUUCUUCGGAAUAUGGACCGUGAUUUGGAAAUUCUUCGAGAAUCUACUCGAACUAAUCGCCAUUCGCUGGACGAAGUGAUAUCUGUUCUUACCAAUAAAUCAAUUCAGCCCUUGAAUAAAGGUUCUGGCAGUCUGUGUAGUGGGGAUGGUGCCGAUUGUGGACUCCGUUAUAAGAAUAUUCUUGCUGCUGAACAAGUAGAAAAAAAAUCUAUCUAUCUAUCUAUCUAUCUAUCUAUCUAUCACCAGAAAUAA